AUGCCAGAACUCGUGACAUUUCGAGCAGGAGUACUUUUCACGUUAUACGUUAAACGAGGUGAUAUGUGGAUUUUGGUCCCGGUUGGGUAUAGUGGUGUCGACGACGCUGCCCAACCUGGUGUAUUGGUCAGCGUUCAAACACUAGGAAGCCCGGAAACCCUGUUGUCGUUGUAUUCUGGAGGAGAUCCGGGUUUGACUCCAAGUGACGACAAUUUUCUGAUUAACAUAACAGGAAACAUGGAAAUCCAAGCCCUCUCUGCCGCCACGACCAUCCUGGUAUAUUCUCCAGCAGCCGUGGGACCCCUAGGAAUUAUGUUUAAUCGAGGGCAUGGUCUCACCUACAAAUUCGCCAGCCCGGGCUGGCCUCAAUACCUGCUGAACAGUCCGGAAAUUCCGGAAUUAUGGAUUGAGCAGCAGCAUUGCUUUCAGCAAGUCCUCUGGAAUCAGCCCGGCAGCGAUUCGCAUUACAUUUUCAAUUUCCCAAAACUUAGAUCCGGAAAUUUGACAAUGCACGUGAUUGGGAAAAACGAGGGAAGUUAUACUUUUGCUGCACAAGACGAAGGACAAAACUCCACACUGUUGGCUCAAGACCUACAGCUAACCUUCUGCCCCGCUUCUACAAACUCCAAAUUUGUCCUUCUGAUCGGCGAGGACAACGUUUUUCCGACACCUUCCGUUGAGUGUGAGAUGUAUUUUGAGCUGAACCAUACGAUGUCGUUCCUUGCCAUUCCUAUCGACGCGCUACACGGCUCUAAAAUCAAUCAACUCUGCUUUCAAUCAAAGCUCACAUCGAAAUCGACCGAGAUUGAGAUGUGCGCCUACAAUAGCUUUGCGCAAUUUCCAUUUCGCUUAGAUGGAAAGCGGUUGGAACGGACGGCUUGCACAAAAAUAAUUUUUGUCGGCUCGCUGCACCUUUAUUGCUGUAGUAUCACCGCUUCUUAUAUCCCUGGUCUUGUGCAUACAAUUUAUUUCGACGACCAUGAUCUGGAAGAUUUGGCGGGGAACGUGUUAUUGAUAGGGUUAUCUGAUUACGAAACCAUCGUUUUCAACGAGGUAUACCAGCCCUCGUACAUUACCUUACCCGAAGUACUCGAUCGCGACAUACUUGUCGUUGUCGUCUCCUCGUAUUGGCUUUAUAGCGCUACGACACACGCCGAGUUUUCAGAAUUACGAUGGGCCCGGCCAACAAAACCGUGCCAAUAUCAACUUUUCUCCACAGAAGGUUUUACUAAAAACGAAUCCGCGCUACUGGUAUUUGAUGACAACGAUCCCUUCCAAAAUCAGCCUCUCACCUCGGAGCUCUACUUUAUCUUGGUGCCUCGUGGGUGUCAGCCAACGAUUGCGGUUGCUCCAAAAACUUCUCAGAGCUUCGCCAUCUACCACCAAUGCGAAGGAUCCGUCUUUGCGACCGCUCCGGGCUACAAAACACGUUUUCAUAGUGCUAUCCCGGCCUACGAUUAUAACACGACUUGGUUAUGCGACGCCUUUCAAAUUGACAUCACGAUCGAGUUGCUGGACUUAAUGAAACCGUUCCUGGUGGAAUGUAAGGUGCAAAUUUACACGCAAUCACCUAAAUUGAGGCUCAAUUAUGAUCCGGCCUCUUCCCAACCUCAAAAUCUGACGUUUCAAAAUGUCAGAAGUGUCCAGAUACUUUGGCAUCCACCAGGCGAUAUUCAACCAAUGGCUUCCACUGGCUUUUUCCUCAGGAUACAUUUUAAAAAGCGUUGGAAAAUUGUCGCCACCACCCCAAGCCAAAACAUCGUCUAUUUUCUAUGCUGGCUGGUAAAUUUGAAAAUUGCUUUUGCGGAAAAACUUCUGCAACUUGAUGAAGAUAACCCGAGCGCGGUUUUUCACGGCACGACAUUGGCCUAUGAAAAGGGUUCCGAUUUAACCACCGAAGGUCAGGAGACUCGCAUCACUUGCUACGACGCGCUACCAUUUACGAUUAACGGUCAAAUCCCGGAUCAAAGGUUUUGCACCGGAUUCUACUCUGUACAAUACAUGAAGCAAAGUUCCGUGUUCGCCUGCCGGUUCCGGACUAUCAGCCAAAGAUUGCAGCUUACUUACAAGAACCCAAUUGUCGAUGAUUCGUUUGCAAUCUCGGUGAAUGUUCAGCAAUGGGUGGAUGGAGACCUGAAUACCUUUAUCCUACCUGAGACGGUGGGUCGACCUAGCGGGCAACACCUUUUUUGGCUAACUCGGAAUCAUCUGUGGAUAAUUGUGCCGAUUGGCUAUCGCGAAAUCAACGACACCUCGUUCCCUAAUGUCUUUAUUGCCAUCGACGUGUCCUCUAGCCCAAACACCCUAAUGUCCGCGCACGCUGGUGGGGAUCCCGGCCUGAAGCCAAAUCCUGAUAAUUUCAUAGUGAACGCCACCGGGACACUAGACAUCCAAUCUCUAAUCCCGGCAACCACUAUCAUUGGAUUUUCGCCUAUCGACCUUUCGGUUGCAGUCUCAUUCAACACACCGCAGGAUUACCGUUACCUGGUGUCUAUACCACACUGGCCCCAAAUGGCGCUCAACAGCCCUGAGAUUCCGGAAGUAUGGGCCGAGCAGCAGCGCUGCUUUCACCUCGGCCCUUGGAACCCGAAUGGACGCUCGGAGGCCGCAUACUUCUUCAACAUCGCAAAACUUAACGCUGGAAAUUUGACGAUCGGGCUCGUUGAUUAUGAUUGUUAUAACUACACACCCGCGGAUAAUGGUCAUAACGUGACGUUUGUAGCGAGAUAUCUGGAGCUAGUUUUCUGCCCAACAGCCGCAAACUCACAAUUCGUGCUUUGGCUAGGAGUCGAGGCGACGACCCCAGCCGUGGAGUGUCAACUUUUUGUUGAGCUGAACGAUACCGUAGCAUUUUUAGUGAUCCCAGUAGACACCCUCGAAGACCGAAAGAUAAACAAGGUCUGCUUUCGGUCAAAGCUUGAAGGAAAGCCGACACAAAUUGAAAUUUGUGAUUACAUUUCUUACGCCCAGUUUCCGUUUCAAUUGGACGGGUUGCGGCCGGAGCUGACGGCAUCGACGGUAGUUCGCUAUUGCUGCGUUGCGACUGCCGCUUACGUACCGAACUUUAUCCACUCGAUUUUUCUCGAUGACGAUAGCUUCGGAGCGAUGCGUCGCAAGGCGCUGAUGGUCGGCAUGUCAGAUUAUGAGACGCUGAUCAUCCACCAGAGCUAUUGGCCAGUUGUGACGAUGCCGGAAAUUGACAGCGACGUCCUGGUGGUGCUCAUUUCGUCUAACUCCAUCUACACCACGGCUGCAAAUCGGAUGUUGACGGAUUUGCAAUGGUCUCGAUCUAGCGCAUCCUGUCAGUACAAGCUAUUCUCCAUAGAGGGUUUCACGAACAAUGAACCACCGCUUUUGAUCUUCGACGACAAGGACCCAUACCAUAAUCAACUACUGACGUCAGAACUGUACUUUGUUCACAUUCCGAAAGAGAAAAUGGACUUUACGUCCAAAUCAUCGACCAAAGACACGGCGGGCGGGAGCUCGGAGACCGCCUCCACCGGCUAUUUUGCUGAAACUGAAAUGAAUGCCGAGCAGGAAAAUUUUCUAUACGAGUUGGAGACUACGGAUUCGGGGAGCCUGGGGAUUGUUUUGAGAGCUAUUUAUGAUUGCGGGGAUGUUAAGAAGUUUUCUCGAGCCCUCGAUCAUCGCAUCCAUAUCUAUGAUCGGAGUAUACAAAAUGUGUGUUCUCAUCACUACCAAAACUUUGAGAAGAGUGCAGAAAUUAAAAAUGAUUUUGCGCAAAUUGACUGCAAAAUCCAAGAGGCCAGUAAGGAUUUGGCAGAGAAAAGUGCGACUGUCGUGAAAUAUCGGAAGUUGACAAAGAAUGCUUCCACUGCUAUUGAUCAAAUUUCCCUCUGCCUCCCAGCUUUAGAAAAUUACGCCAAAUUGCAGGGGCUGAUGGAGCAGAAAAAAUAUUACCAAGCCUUGAAAGUGCUCGAGGAAUUGGAGCACACCCACCUGGCACUAGUGGAAAAGUAUCGAUUCACACAACUUUUCGCCAAAAGCCUGGCCCCGAUCCGGGAGCAGAUCAAGCAGAAGGCGUACAGCGAAUUCAAAGACUUUCUCGAAAAUAUUAAGAAGGUGGCGAAGAGGAUCGGAAGGCAUGCUAGUCAAUGUACCUCGGAGCAACACUCCUUUGGAACGACAGAUGCCGAACGUACCAAGCUUUUGCAAGAGGAUACCAAGAAGAAAUCGGCAGAUUAUCAGGUUAUCGUAUCUGCAGAUGGUAGCUUGGUCAAAAAGGAAGCAGAGGAAGACGAAAAGCUCUCCGCUCAAGAUUUGAUCGAUUUUACUCCGGUGCAUCGCUGUUGUCAGAUUUUUAACGUCCUGGGAGCGAAAGAGGAGUUCGAAAAGUACUACCGCGAGCAAAGAACCGAACAAUGCAAACUCGUCAGUCAGCAGGCUACCAAGAAAACAACCCUGCGCCAUUACGUCGAUUACCUAGACGAAAUUAUCGGCUUUUUCGUUGUGGAAGACCGAAUUCUGGAUACGGAGCCUUCUCUAGGAACCUCUGCUCAUAAAGAAGCUCUUUGGGAGGAUUCACUGAAGAAAGUAAUCGCCACGAUGAACACAGAUUUCGGAAUGUCGCUCGAUGUCGAGAUGAUGUUGCGCAUGAAGAAGGUUAUUCUGCUCUUUGCCCUGACUAUGAAGUCUUAUGGCUACACCAUUGGGCCGCUAUACAGCUUGCUGCAGAAUUUCCGCGAUCAGUACAGUGCCGUACUUCUUAAGACUUAUCAGGACCAAUUCAAUCGCGAUUUGGACAUGGACAACUACAGCCCUAUCUUGGUGAACGAUAAAGACGAGUUUAAGCAAAUCAUCCGGCAAUUUCCGUUUUAUCGAAAGAGCAUGGAACAGGAGCCCUUCCCAAGAAAAUUCCCAUUUUCUCGAUUUGUAAUUUCGACAUAUGGCCAUGCUAAAUCAUAUCUCAAUGCCAUUUUCAAAUUCAUGGAGCACCUCCAGCUGAAGCACUCGGAGAUUGACGACACGAUGAGACGCCAUGCCAACAUCCUCAUCAAGCGCUGGAGCGAGAUCCUGAAGCAGUACGUGUCGGUGAAGCGGAAUUUGGUCCAGCUAAUUCAAAUCACCAUCAACAUUGGGUACCUGGAAAAGGGAUGCGAGAGCCUCGGGAGUUUCAUCACGAAGUUAGCUAGUGGUGGGGAUUCUGCGAUGACAGCCGGGUAUCAGGUGCCCCUCUUCGAAGGAGACUUCCGAGAUGCCCGUUCGGAAGUGGAGCAGAGUAUUGAAAUCAGUUUGGCGCGAAAAGUGGACGAUUUAUUGGAGCCGGCUUGUUACGACUGGGAAUUGCCCUCAUCCUCCGGCCACGCUUCCGACUUCAUCCAGUCCACUAUCGCCUUCCUGUCGACCACCUUCAUCUCGUUUUCCGAGAUUCCAGGAGCCCUGGCACGACAUGUCUGCACACAGACUUGUAAACACAUAGCACAACGACUUUCCGGGAUGCUACUAUCCCCUGACGUUAAGGCGCUGAGUCCAGGCGCCCUCGAACAGUUCUCCCUCGACGUCAUGCAAUGUGAACUGUUUGCCGCUACGCAGAAUAACAUUUCCGGGCUUGACAGUACCACCUUGCCCCUGACUUUUGCUCAUUUACGACAACUUCUCGAGCUCGUCACCCAAUCCGAUUGGACGACGUACAUUGCUGAAAUCGGCAAAAGUGACGCGAAAUAUAAUCGGGUUCAACCUUCAGCUGCGGUGCUGAUUAUGGAAAAAAUGAUUGAGUUCGAGAAGAAGAGCGCUGGAUUUUUCGCCGUUAACAAGGGAGACAGAAGAAAGCUCUACGACACAAUCCUAAAACAAUUGCGGGCUAUCGCUUCCGGUCAA